AUGAGAGUCCAGACUUCACCUCUCUUCUCUGAUAAGUGGGACUCCCCUGCGACCCUUCCCCAGUGGGACUCCCCUGCGACCCUUCCCCAGUGGGACUCCCCUGCGACCCCCCAGUGGGACUUUCCCCAGUGGGACUCCCCUGCGACCCUUCCCCAGUGGGACUCCCCAGCGACCCUUCCCCAGUGGGACUCCCCAGCGACCCUUCCCCAGUGGGACUCCCCUGCGACCCUUCCCCAGUGGGACUCCCCUGCGACCCUUCCCCAGUGGGACUCCCCUGCGACCCUUCCCCAGUGGGACUCCCCAGCGACCCUUCCCCAGUGGGACUCCCCUGCGACCCUUCCCCAGUGGGACUCCCCAGCGACCCUUCCCCAGUGGGACUCCCCAGCGACCUGCGACCCUUCCCCAGUGGGACUCCCCAGCGACCCUUCCCCAGUGGGACUCCCCAGCGACCCUUCCCCAGUGGGACUCCCCAGCGACCCUUCCCCAGUGGGACUCCCCAGCGACCCUUCCCCAGUGGGACUCCCCGACCCUUCCCCAGCGACCCUUCCCCAGUGGGACUCCCCUGCGACCCUUCCCCAGUGGGACUCCCCAGCGACCCUUCCCCAGUGGGACUCCCCUGCGACCCUUCCCCAGUGGGACUCCCCAGCGACCCUUCCCCAGUGGGACUCCCCUGCGACCCUUCCCCAGUGGGACUCCCCUCCCCAGCGACCCUUCCCCAGUGGGACUCCCCAGCGACCCUUCCCCAGUGGGACUCCCCUGCGACCCUUCCCCAGUGGGACUCCCCAGCGACCCAUCCCCAGCCCCAGCGACCCUUCCCCAGUGGGACUCCCCUGCGACCCUUCCCCAGUGGGACUCCCUGCGACCCUUCCCCAGUGGGACUCCCAGUGGGACUCCCCAGCGACCCUUCCCCAGUGGGACUCCCAGCGACCCUUCCCCAGUGGGACUCCCCUGCGACCCUUCCCCAGUGGGACUCCCAGCGACCCUUCCCCAGUGGGACUCCCCAGCGACCCUUCCCCAGUGGGACUCCCCAGCGACCCUUCCCCAGUGGGACUCCCCAGCGACCCUUCCCCAGUGGGACUCCCAGUGGGACUCCCCUGCGACCCUUCCCCAGUGGGACUCCCCAGCGACCCUUCCCCAGUGGGACUCCCCAGCGACCCUUCCCCAGUGGGACUCCCCAGCGACCCUUCCCCAGUGGGACUCCCCAGCGACCCUUCCCCAGUGGGACUCCCCAGCGACCCUUCCCCAGUGGGACUCCCCAGCGACCCUUCCCCAGUGGGACUCCCCGACCCUUCCCCAGCGACCCUUCCCCAGUGGGACUCCCCAGCGACCCUUCCCCAGUGGGACUCCCCAGCGACCCUUCCCCAGUGGGACUCCCCUGCGACCCUUCCCCAGUGGGACUCCCCAGCGACCCUUCCCCAGUGGGACUCCCCAGCGACCCUUCCCCAGUGGGACUCCCCUGCGACCCUUCCCCAGUGGGACUCCCCUGCGACCCUUCCCCAGUGGGACUCCCCUGCGACCCUUCCCCAGUGGGACUCCCCUGCGACCCUUCCCCAGUGGGACUCCCCAGCGACCCUUCCCCAGUGGGACUCCCCUGCGACCCUUCCCCAGUGGGACUCCCCAGCGACCCUUCCCCAGUGGGACUCCCCAGCGACCCCCAGCGACCUCCCCAGUGGGACUCCCCUGCGACCCUUCCCCAGUGGGACUCCCCUGCGACCCUUCCCCAGUGGGACUCCCCAGCGACCCUUCCCCAGUGGGACUCCCCAGCGACCCUUCCCAGUACUAAUUAAGUGA